GACUGACGUAAGCGAGCGCGCCGCGCGGCGUGGACCGAGGACAGAGCUGGGGCGCAUGGAGGUCAGGGGCGGCGGUCGCGGCGGCAGCGGCGGCAGUGGCGUCGGCUUUGGAAUCACUUGCUAGGAGUCUUUCCUCCCCGCCACCGAGGCCACCAUGACAGCUCGCCUGGUGAAGCGAUGCACGUGCCUCCUGAGAGAGGCCACCCAUCUAGCCCCUGCUGUGACUCCAGCCAGCCAGCUGAGACUUGCCAGGGUAGCCCAUAAGACUUUGACUUCCUCCGCUACCUCACCCAGCUCCCACCUCCCAAGGUCCUUAUCAGAGCUUCUGGAGAAGGAACAAGUGUUUACUCCCUACCCAGAGCGCCAGGAGGUGGACCAGCUCAUCGAGAAGGCCACCCGGCCAGAGGAGCUCCUGGAGCUACUUGGUGGCGGUCACUGUCUGCACCAGAACCACGCAGCCCUCAUGCUAAUCCAGCUGUCUCGCCUGCUGUCUGAGAAGCAAAAAGAUAAAGCCUUGCUCAUCCAGGAUGCCCGCUUUCAGCAACUUGUCCAUCUUGUCAACAACCAGAUUACCACCGUCUGGCAUGGGACCCUUGUGAAGCUGCUCCGAAGCCUCUAUUCACUGGGGCUCCCCCCGACCUCCAAGGAGCUGCGCUCGGUGGAGCAGGAGGUCCGCUGGCGCUUGCGCAGGCUCAAGUACAAGCACCUGGCCUUCCUGGUUGAGUCCUGCGCCACCUACAUGCAGGAGCAGAACUCCCAGGAGCUGCUGGCCGAGCUGCUAGUACACCUAGAGCGGCGCUGGACAGAAAUCGAUGACGGCCACACGGUGGUGGCCAUGAUGAUGAAGAUAGGGCACCUCUCGGAGCCUCUGAUGAACCGCCUGGAGGACAAGUGCCUGGAGCUGGUGGAGCAGUUUGGCCCUGAAGAGCUGCGGAAGGUGCUGGUGACAUUGGCAGCUCAGAACCGGCGGUCCGUGCCCUUGCUGCGGGCCGUCUCUUACCACCUGGUCCAGAAGCCCUUCUCCCUGACGAAAGGCAUCCUUCUGGACCUGGCCUAUGCCUACGGCAAACUUGGCUUCCACCAGACCCAGGUGUUCCAGCGCCUGGCCGCGGACCUGCUGCCCCACAUGCCCAGCCUGACGUCCAGCGAGGUGGCCCGCUGCACCAAGUCCUUCGCCUUCCUUAAGUGGCUCAACCUGCCCCUGUUUGAGGCCUUUGCCCAGCACGUCCUGGACAGAGCCCAGAGCAUCACUCUGCCACACCUGUGCAACAUGCUCCUGGCCUUCGCCCGCGUGAACUUCCGCCCAGAACGUGAAGAUCAGUUCUUCAGCCUGGUGCAUGAGAAGCUGGGGUCAGAGCUGGCAGGCCUGGAGCCAGCAGUGCAGGUGGACGUGGUGUGGGCCCUGUGUGUGCUGCAGCAGGCGCGUGAGGCCGAGCUGCAGGCUGUCCUCCGCCCUGAACUUCACGCCCAGUUUCUAGGUGGCGAGUCCCCGAAGGAUCAAAGCACCUUCCAAAAGCUGCUCCAUAUCAACGCCACUGCCCAGCUGGAGCACCCCGAGUACACGGGCCCCCUUUUGCCAGCCUCAGCCUUGGUCCCCAGGCCCUCAGUCCUUGACAGGAAGGUGACCCCCUUGCAGAAUGAGCUACAGGAGACACUGAAGACACUGCUGGGGAGUGCGGACAAGGGCAGCUUCAUGGUGGCCACGCAGUACGGCUGGGUUCUGGAUGCUGAGGUGCUGCUGGACGCCAACAGUCAGUUCCUGCCCCUGGGGAACUUUGUGGCCUCUCAUCUUGCCCCACCCUCUGGGAACCAGCCGCUACCCCCCGGGGCCAAGAGGCUGGCCUUCCUGCGCUGGGAGUUCCCCAACUUCAACAGCCGAAGCAAAGACUUGCUGGGGCGCUUUGUGAUGGCCCGGCGCCACUUGCGGGCCGCUGGCUUCCUGCUGGUAGAUGUCCCGUACUAUGAGUGGCUGGAACUCAAGUCUGAGUGGCAGAAAGGAGCCUACCUCAAGGACAAGAUGCGCAAAUCUGUGGCAGAGGAGCUGGCCAAGUGACCUGUCCCGUAGCAAGGACUGUGUGCCCAGGGGCCGGACUCCCCUGGGGGCCUAGCCACAGGCGCUGGCCGGGCAGGAGGUGGGCGCUCAGAGACAAACCUCAGUGCAGGACCUUGGCCAGAAAUGGGGUGGUGGCCAGCAGCUCUGAGUGCAGGCUGCUCUCUCAUGGGUAAUAAAUCUGUAAUCAGCUUCUUGUCUGUCCCAGCUUCUCUGCCACCCACAGAGGGCCCUUCUCCUCGUGUGCACUCACACCUGGAUGGUCUGCUGCUCAGGGUCUGUGGUCAGCCCCAGCACAGACUGCGUCCUAGAGUUCCCAACCUCCUGGUGUGAGGACCGUCCCAGUGGGGCCAGUUGGGUUUUCGGGGCAUGGCUUAGGGUUAUUGAUCGCAGUUGUCCCAGGAAGUUCCCUCCCAUCCAGUGGUCUUGAAUGAGUGGGGGAUGCUGCAGGGCCAGAAGAGACCCCUCUUUGACUUAAACCCGGACCAGAGUGUCAGACUGCCGUUGUGGGAACCGUUUGCAUGAUGCUGGAAAGGGAAGGCUUUUUCCCUUCCAGUCCCUCACAGGAGACUUGUUGGCAGAACACACAGGGGAGACUGGGCACUGCCAUUUGCCGCCAGCGGGAGCGGAGGGAGCUGAGCAGAGAGGAGCCGCCUCACCCCUCCGGGCCCCAUCCCAGCCGUUUCCCUCUGCCUCCAAAGUUGUUGCUCAGAAAGUGAGGCCGGUCCUUCGGACUUAAAGCCUCACCAGCACACAGGCAUUGGGGCGGCACCAGCUCACAGAACAUGGGUGCUUGUCAUUUGCACUGGGGGUUCUUCACCCUGAAGGAGGGGGCAGCUAGAGACAGUUCUCAGGAACUGGUGACGCCCAGCCCAGGCAAGCUGAGGGAGCGGGGAGAGCAGAGCGUUGCAAAGCAGGGACCAGCGCCGGUCUCCCAGCCAGUCUGGAGCCUCCAGGAGCUGCCGCUGAGGAAAGAGCUCAGCCUGUUCAUUUGGGACCGCUGGCUUCUAUUUGAGAUUCUUAGGGGCUGCCUGCAGUCGUAAAAAACAGUGGUCCCCUGCGCCCUCUACCAGUUUCAUCAGCGGUGACAUCCGGUAGAAUUCUGGUGCCUGUCCCGCCAGCACGGUGACGGGAAGAAAAGCACACAUACAGGACAUUUGCAUCACCAUGAGGGCACCUCAUGUUGCCCUUCACGCUCACACCUCCCGCUUGUCCUCAGCCACCAGCGACUGCCAACCUGUACUCCCAUUUCUAUUUUGUCAUUUCGAGAAUGUUCUAGAGAGGAACCACACAGCACAUUACCUUCAGAAGCUGGCUUUCUUCACAGGCACAGUUCUCUGGAGAUUUCACCCAGUAGCUCCUUCCUGGUUAAACUGCUGUCAGACUGUGGUUCAGCCCUGUGUGGGGGUGUUUGUGCAAACUUAACCUUCUCAUUUCUCUGGGAUGAGUGCCCGGGAGCGCAGCUGCCAGAUUGUAUGGGAUUUACGCAUCGUUUAAGAAACUGCCAAAGUGUGUUUCCGGAGGUGCUUGAGCACGCGCUGGGCUCCCACCAGCAGUGUGUGAGGAGCAGCUAGGCCCUCCGCGCGCUGGCCAGCUUGUGUUCUCACGGGCUGUUAGCAGUUCCAAAGGCUGUGGAGUGAUCUCUUCACAGUUUGCAUUUGCACUUGCCUAACGGCUAGGGAUGCUGAGCACUUAACCUGGCUUAAUUCUAGUCGUCCUGGUGGGUGGGAAGCAGUACCUCAUUGUGGUUUGGGUUUUCAUCUCUAUCAUGACCAGUAUCUUCAUGUGCUUCUUGUCCAUGACAUACAAUCUUUGGAGAAAUACCUAUUCAGAUCUUCUGUCCAGUUUUUAAUUAGGUUGUCUUCCUGAGUUGUAGGAAUUCUUUAGAAGUUCUGGAAACAUGUCUCAUAUCAGAUUAAUGAUUUGCAAAGAUUUUCUCCCAUUUUGUGGGUUCUGUUUGCACUUUCUUGAUGGUGUCCUUUAAAACACAGACGUUCUGAAUUUGGGUAUUGUCUCCCUCCCACAAGUGGGGGCUAAGCAGAGGGGACCCCCACCUCUCGGCCACACUUGCCUGGGACUCGGCCUCAGCAGCGAGGCAGGGGGCACGAUAAGAAACGCUGAAGUCCUUCAACCCCUGGGAAGAAAGCCCUGUGCUUGGGAGUAGGGGUGCCGCUGAGGGGCCCUGUGUUCUUGGGGCCCUGUGUUCUUGGUCGCACCAGCCUGCAGUGGGUUCUCCCCCUCCCUAGGGAGGGAGCAGUCUUGGUUCAAAUACUGUAGAUUCUGCUUUCUUAGUAAAUUUGCAUGGAUUUUCUUGAGUAGCUAUUUCUUCACUUGUUGGCUCUUCAGACCAUUUACAGGAGCUUUAAAUGUUUCAUAAUUUUAACCAGUUUUACUGGGACUUCUGGAAGUCCAUCUGCCUUUUAGUUCUUUGUCUUGCCUUACUGCAGGGGUUAGAACUUCCAGUACUAUUUUUAAAAAAAAGAACUUCUACUUUUGAAAAGAGCAGACAUGUCUGCCUUCCUUCCCAGUCCUAGGAAGCAUUCAGUCUCACCAUCAACUGUGAUGUUAGCUGUAAGGUUUUUGUAUAUGAUUUUUAUCAAGUUUAUUUAAACUUGUUGUAAAGUUUUUUUUUAAUCUGAAUGUCUGUUAGAUUGUGUCAAAUGUUUUUUCUGUAUCAAUUGAUAAUUAUAUUAUUUUUUUCUUUGUUAGUAUAGUGGAUUACAUUGACUUUUCAAGUGUUGAACCAUCCUUGCAUACUUACAUGCUUGCAUACCAAAUUCCACUUGGUUGUGGUGUAUAAUUCUUUGUAUACAUGGGUGGAUUUGAUUUGCCAAUAUUUCAUUGAGUAUUUUUGAGCCUAAGUUCAUGGGAGAUAUUGGUAUAUAGUGUUUGGUUUUGGUACUAACUUUGCCUGGUUUGGAUAUCAGGGUAUUUCUUAUCUCCAAAAAUGAGUCAGAAAGUGUUUCUUCCUAUUUUUUGGAAGAGGUUGUUUAAAAUUGAUGUUGAUUCUCCUUUAAAUACUUGAUGUAACUUCAUGAAAUUAUCUGGGCUUGCAGAUUUCUUUGGGGACGUUUUUUAAGUUACAAAUUCACUUUCUUUCAUGGUUGUAGGACUAUUCGUAUUAUCUAUUUCAUCUUGUAGAUUUUAAUUUUCAGGUAAUUGCCCAUGCCUUCAACGUUGUUGAAUUUAUGAGCAUUUAGUUGUUUGUAGCAUUCCCUUAGUGUCCUUGUAAUGUCUUCAGGCUCUGUAGUGUUGGCCCUGCUAUUAGUCAGCAUUCUCCAGAGAAAUAGAACCAAGAGGAUCUAUACAGAGACAAAUGCAUGAGGAGAUAUAUUAUACGAACUGGCUCAUGCACUUAUGGAGGCCGAGAGUCCCACAAUUUGCUGUCUGCAAGCUGGAGAACUAGGAAAGUCAUAGCCAAUGAUACAAAUUCAGCCCAAAUGCAAAGGCCUGAGAAGAGGGGAAAGGGGGUGGGUGUCGCUGCUGUCAGCCCUGGAGUCCAAAGGCCUGAGAACCAAGAGCUCCAGUGUUUGAGGAUAGGAGGUUGACAUCCCAGCUCAAGAAAAGUGAAUUCACGCUUCUGCCUUUUUUUUUCUUUUGUAGAUAUAAAUAUAUAUAUAUAUACACAUACAUACAUACAUACAUACAUACAUACAUACAUACAUACAUACACACACAUUUAUCGAAGUGUAGUCAGUUUACGAUGUGUCAAUUUCUGGUAUACAACAUAAUGCUUCAGUCAUACGUGAACAUACUAUAUUUGUUUUCACAUUAAAUUCUUUUUCACCAUAAGUUACUACAAGAUACUGAAUAUAAUUCCUUGUGCUAUACAGUUCCUAUGCGUUUUUGUUUCUCUCUUGACCCCCAGCGGAUUGGCUGAUGCCAGUGCGGGCAGAUCUCUUUACUCCUCUACUGAACCGAUCGAUGCUAAGCUCUCCAAAGAUGUCCUCACAUACACACGCAGAAAUAGCGUUUAACCAGCUGUCCGGGCAUCCCUAAGCCCAGUCAAGUUGACACAUAAAAUUAGCCGUCAUAAAGAAAUGAGAAAAGACAAAAAAAAAAAAUACAAAACAGAAA